AUGAGUUCAGAACGGUCAAUUUCACCUGAUCCAUUGCCACAAUCUCAUUCUCAUUCAAGUGUUACUCUUGCUGAUGAAAAAGAAAGUAAUGGACACAAUGCUCGUCAAUCAUCGGCAGUACAAAAACGUCGCCGGGACAAUUCGAAUCGUACACCUUCGCCACGUUCGGCAACAUCUCGAUCACGUAGUCGUAGUUCAAUUGAAGGUUCAAAAUCACCUGCUGUGCGUAAUAAUGCAAACAAUAAUAAUAAUCAUCGUUCACCAUCUCCACCUCGGCAAUCGAAUUCAUCAUCAAAACGACGUCGUAGAAAAGGCAGUGAUGCUGAUUCUGGUCGACAUAUUUGUGCACUCUGUUCAUGCGAUGUUGAAGCAGCCAAACGCUUAUAUGGUGUAUUAGAUAAUUGCGAUCAUAUUUUCUGUUAUGAAUGUAUUGUUUCAUGGAAACGUUCAAAAUAUAGUAAUGCUGAAUCGGAAAGUUGUCCAGUAUGUAAAGUACGUUCAGCAUUUAUAACACCAAGUAAAAACUGGUUUGACAAUAAAGAUGAUAAAUAUCGUCUUGUUAAAAAACAUAAAGGUCAUUUAAAGACAUUACCUUGUCGGUAUUAUCUUCGUCAUGGUUUUUGUCGUUAUUCGGAUCGAUGUUUUUACGAUCAUCAUGAAGCAGCAAAACAAUAUAAACAACAAAAUCAACAUUCACGAGAUGGUGAUCGUGAUCGUGACCGUGGUGAUCGUGACCGUGGUGAUCGUGAUCGUGGUGAUCGUGAUCGUGGUGAUCGUGGUGACCGCGAUCGUGAUCAUCGCGGUUCACAUAAUGGUGGUAGUCGCUCAUACCAUCAUUCACCAUCACCUCCACCACCAUCAUCAUCAAGCCGAUACUCCUCGUCACGCUAUCGUGAACGUGCUUAUUAA